AUGCUGAGGCCUCCGGGCUCAGCGCCUUGCGUCGUCGUGCCUGCUGCUGCUGCUGCUGCUGCUGCUUCCACCUCGCUUGCCUGCCUCAUGCAGAAGCAGCAGCAGCAGGACCGCCUCCAGCGUGCAGAACAGCAGCACAAACAGCAGCAGCAGCGGCAGCAGCAAGCCACCCAGCAUGAGGAACAGCAGGAAGUGCAGCAGCAGCAGCAGCAGCAGCACGCACUGCAGCAGCAGCAGCAGCAUGUGUCACCGUGCGUCAAGGAAAUGGAUAUUCUCUCAGCAGCCCCAGCAGCAGCAGGGGCCCCGGAGCUGCAGAAGUCUCCGUCCCCGGAGAGCAGCAGCAGCAGCAGCAGCAGCACGAGCAGCAGCAGCAGCAAGAGCAGGAGCAGCAGCAGAGUCAGGACUUGCCGUUUGGUUGCAGUAAAGAGCGAAGAGCCUGAGGGUCUCCCGUCUCCUGCUGCACUCGCCUCGCCGCAGCCCACCAAAGCAGCAGCAGCAGCAGCAGCAGCAGCAGACCUGCUGCUGUCGGAUGUCUUGGGUGUCUUGGCCAUGCUGCGGCCUGCUGGCAGCUCGGCGCUGCCGCGGGGAGUUGCUGCUGCAGUUUCGCGGGCGCGGCGAGCAGCACAAGCUGCCCUGGGCCUCAGCAGCAGCAGCAGCAGCAGCAGCAGCAGGGAGGAGGGCGUGGCUGCUGCGCUUGCUGCAGCAGCAAACGCUGCAGCAAUCGUGGUGGAGCAGCGAAACCCACAAUAUGCCUACCACCAGUUUACUGUUCUUGCUGCUUCUUCUUUAGCUGAACUGUCUCCUUAUGUCUCCUUUUUGCUGCGGGACAUGCUGCAGGUGUUGGAGCAGCGGCGGCCGCCGCUUGUUGCUGCACUGCCUAGUUGGGCCCUCUGGGCCUUUUGCGCAUGCAGCUGGGGUGUACAUGCAGCUGGGGCCCCCAAAUGA